AUAUGCCGAUUGAGGGAAAGCGAUGUUUGUAGGCCGAAUUGCAGUGAAAAAUAAGUAAAACUGAGCAGCUUAGUUACAAUUCUAGUGCAGUCUAGCCUGGUGAAAAGUGGUUUCAAAUACAGCGUGCAUAGAUAACAAUGUCUUACCGAGAGCUCAGAAGUAAGAUAGUCGUUGCAAGAUAAUUGAUGCACUGUCCCACCAUCACCUUAUAUAUAUCAUGAUUUACUACCACGAGCGACUUGUUGAAUUUUCAGAUUUCACGGAGAUGACUAGGGCGCUUGGCUACCCAAGGUUGAUUUCGUUGGAAAACUUUCGGACGCCAAAUUUCCCCCUUGUAGCUGAAAUUCUGCGCUGGCUUAUCAGCAGGUACGACCCCGACAUCGAAGUGCCACCCGACAUUGACACGGAGCAGGACAGAGUGGUGUUCAUCAAAUCUAUCGCCCAUACAAUGGCCACGAAAGCACAUCUAAAACUGAACACCCGCAAGCUCUACAUGGCAGACGGUUAUGCCGUGAAGGAGCUCCUAAAGAUCACUGCACUGUUGUACGAUGCCAUGCGGGCUAAGGCCGGGGACGAAGAGUUGAGUGGCGGUGAUCAGGCAGUUGCUGUGCCUUACCAAAACUAUGACGCUGCGUCCAAGUUUUCUGACCUCAAGAUGACCCGACAGCUGGCCUCUGAAAUAACACAGCAGGGUGCCGUGCUCUACGACCGGCUCGCCAAGGAAGCAGAACUGAAGGAAAUCCGAAGUGCUACUCUAUCCAAGCAGCUGGAAAUAACGGACAUUGAAAAGUGCCUCCAGGAUGCCAUCAAGGCUGUAGUCGAGCAAACAAGUGAGCUCCAGCGUCGGAUUGAAUCUGUGGCAUCCGACGAAGCCAACCUCGAAGCCAAGAUUGAGAAAAAGAAAGCCGAACUAGAGCGAAACCAGAAGAGGCUCGCCACACUCCAGGCAGUCAGACCUGCAUUCAUGGACGAGUACGAGAGAAUCGAGGAGGAAUUGUCCCAAGUCUACGCGGCGUACAUAGUCAAGAUACGAUGCCUGGCCUAUCUGGAGGAACAACUCGAGGAGCUCGAAAAAGCACAGAAGAUGGAGUUUGCUGUACGUGAACAGAGGAUCAAAACGGCAACACGGGAGAGCAACCACAAAUUGGUUAGCAAUCAAGAGUAUGGUGACACUUUAGGACUGGGUGCCACAGAUUCCGAAAGCCAGGCUGCGGCUGGGAGACUGCUGUUUGGCUCCAUGGCAGGUGGCGACAAGGUGCUCGACUCGGACUCUGACCUUGACCUCGAAGGCGAGGACGAGGGAUCCGACGACGGCUCCUCGGACGACGACCUCGAGCUGGACCUUGAAGCCAUGGGCGGGAUCAAGCCUCCCAACAGGCGUUCCCAGUCGCAGUUCAUUGACAGCGACAACGACUUUUGAUGCGCUCAUGAUACAAGGGACGGUACAUUCCAGAGACAUUUACAUUACACAGGUCCACUACGUGCUAGCCAUACAUCAUGACCAAUUAUACCUAGUCCAAGAGUUUGAAAGUUAGAUCACACAAACGUGCAUGCUGAUUAGUUACAAGCAAGCAAAGGCUUUGUAUAUAAUAUAAACAAGUUAACAUUGCAACAGUGUGUUCAGCCAUCUUGAGGCAGAGAAAUUCAAGAUUAAGGUGUGCUAUUGCAUUGAACUUGGCAAGCAUUGUGCGUGCCUGUCUCAAUCACUCUCGUGGCUAGCACAUGCAUAGAGCAAUGAGUGAUGGCUUUUGCGCUAUGCGUGUUUCUUUGCUUGACACCAUAACCAUGUUGGUUCAGUGCCCCAAUCACCUUCCAUACUGCAGCACCUCUCGUAGCUUGGAUGUUGCCUCGGACGCUAAACUAUACAUCUAUAAGCCAAUACCUAGAGCGCAAAGCGAAAGAGAGGCAAUUGGCACUGACCCAGAGCCUUCCGUGUGGAAGAAAAUGAAGUAUUUAUUUUGUUCCGUAGCAAAAAUAAACAAUUUGACACAUACUCUCA